AUGGCCUCUAAGACUUUCUCCAUGAAAUUUUUCUCACUACUAAUUUUGUCUUUUGUGAUCAUGAAAAUGGCAAUAGCCGGAGAUCCCGACAUCCUCUUCGACUUUAUAGCCCCCCCAAAUGUCACAAUUGAUGGGAAUUUCUUUACAUUUACUGGCAUGAGUGCCCUUGUUGGGGCAGACCCCCCCACAGGUUUUGAAGUCUUGAAAGCAAGCUUGGCUGAAUUCCCGGCUCUUAACGGGCAGAGCGUUUCCAUUGCUGUCCUUGAAUUUGGGGGUGGCUCCACCAACCCACCGCACACCCAUCCUCGCUCUGCUGAGCUCCUUUUCCUGAUUGAUGGUACCCUUCAAGUGGGAUUCGUUGAUACGACCAAUAAGCUGUUUACUCAGACACUGCAAACGAGUGAUAUAUUUGUGUUUCUAAAGGGUCUCGUACACUUUCAAUACAACUCUGCAAAUGCAACCGCGCUAGCGGUUUCAGCUUUUGGAAGCGCAAAUGCUGGACUUGUUUCACUUCCUAACACUUUGUUCAACACUAGCAUUGCCGACAAUGUCUUGGCUUUGUCCUUCAAGACCGACUUUGCCACCAUUCAACAUCUUAAGGCUGGUCUUGCUCCCAAGCCUUAA